AUGGCGACCAAGUACGACGUGAACUGCGAGCUCCGCGGCCACGAGGGCGCAGUCCGCUGCCUCGCGUCUCUCUCAAACGACACACUAGUGACUGGAGCCAUGGACUCCGUAGCGCGUAUCUAUACGCGCGAUUCGAACGCGGCGGUCCGCAGCUUCUCCGCGAUAGAAAGCGCAAGUAUCUUUGACCACGAGCACUGGGUCACGGCCAGCGUGGCGCUAGCCAAUGGGGGUUUUGCAACGGGUAGUAUGGACAAGAAGAUCCGUCUGUUUGACGCCAAGGGUCAGCGCGUGGGACUGCUGUCGGGACACGAGGGAGGCGUCAUCUCAUUGGCUCUCUCGGUAGACAAGAAGCUGCUGCUCUCGGGCAGUUGGGACGGCACCGCGCGUGUCUGGAGCUUGGAGACGCAAAAGUGUCUGCAGGUUUUACCUGGUCAUGAGAAUGGCGUCUGUGUGCUGGGGCUGCCGGAUGGCUCAUUCGUUACGGGCUCGACCGGUCAACAGGUGGGCAAUAGUGUGGCCAACUUCAAGCUGCGGUUCUGGAGCAAGGAUGCCUUUGAGCUGACCAAGACACUGAUGGACCACCAAGGUCCGAUUCGACAGCUGGUCUUGGUGCCUAAUAUUGGCUUUAUGAGCUGCUCGAACGACGGCUCGAUCAAGAUCCGGACACUGGAUGGUGCUGUAGUAGCAAGUAUGGAGCACCCACUCAAUGCAGAAGGCAAACCCGGCUUUGUGCUGGGAGUUUGUGUGUUGACCAAUGGUCUCGUGGUGUCGGCGAGUGAGGACUGUACGGCGCGUGUGUGGUCGACAGAUGGCGCUCUUGUGCAAACUAUUGAGCAUCCUGGAGGACUGUGGUGCGUUACAGCAUUGCCAAAUGGAGACUUUGCCACGGGCUGCGAUGAUAAAGUCGCGCGAGUGUUCACACGUGACCCAGCACAUGUUGACCCGGAUGCAGUAGCUUCGUUCCAGGCGGCAGUGGAAGACGCUCGGAUCGCAAAAACGCGCGGACCAAGUGGCGUAGAGAUUGAAACGCUUCCCGACUACGACCAACGUGCACGGGUUGCUGGAAAUUCCGAUGGUCAAAUUCAAAUGUUCCGUCGCGGCACAAAAGCGUGGGCGUGUCAAUGGAGCGGUCCGUCCAAGACUUGGAUCGAUAUUGGCGAGGUGACCGGUACUGGCGGGGGUGGCGUUGUGGAUGGUGAGGCGUAUGAUAUGGUGAUACCCGUUGAGAUUGAGCUGCCUGGUGGUAUAAAAAAGCUUGAGAUUGGUUACAAUCAGGGCCAGAAUCCGUUCACGGUAGCUCAAGAGUUCAUCGACAAGCAUAUGCUGGACCAAGCGUACCUUCGUGAGAUCGCUGACUAUAUCACUCAACGUGUUGGUGACUACCGACCUCCUGUACUUGAAAAUGACGAUAGUGUGAAUUCUGCACCUGGUGGCGCUGCCACCAAUGAGUCUUCUGCUUCGGCUCCACGUUACAAGUACUUCCCCGUGUCCGGGUACAACACCUUUGAAACGACCAAGGUUUUGAAGCUCAUGAGUAUAAUGCGUCAGUUCAACGACAAGAUAACGGAGACUCAGGAGGGAUCCGUCGGACUUACCGACUCACAGCUGAUAGCGCUCGAUCAGAUCGUUCACACUGUCCAAAACACGGCAUUCUAUCACAGCAGCACGUUCACCUCUUCCGAGAUCUCCGCACUGAGAAGCGUUCUGGAUAAGUGGCCAGCGAAGUUGGCGUUUCCAAUUCUGGAUCUUCUCCGACUUGUGCUUGUACAUCCUCACGGUCCGGUUGCACUGGGUGCUGCUGGACUGAAUUUGCUCGUCACGACAGCACUGAAUUUGGGAUUGCACCCAGGACCCCAGGACGGUGACGACGCAAUCCCAGUUGCAACACGCAUGCUAUCGCUGCGCGUUCUCGCAAACAUGUUUUUGCACGACGCGGCUCGUGAGGUCAUUCUGGCUCACGAAGGUGAAGUGCUGAGUCGAUUGCCGUCGUUUCAGGCCUUCCACCACAAGCUUGUGGCGCUCAGCCUUUCGACAGUUCUGCUGAACUUCGCGCGAGCACAGGUAACAGCGCCAGAGAUGCUAUCGUCUGACGAUCAGGUGGUAGUGAUGUCACUAGCCGCAGAUCUACUCAACGGCUCGUACACUGUGCAAGAGCUUGGCGACGACACGAUCUUACGAUCACUCGUCACCAUCGGCACGCUUGCGUUGAAUGGAGAUGCCACGGCCAGAGAAGCUGCGAAUAUUCACGUGGCCAUCUUUGCUGCGUCGAAAGCAGCCCAGGUGACGUCUCGGGUAGUAAAAGAAUGUUUUGCCGAGCUUCAGGACAUUCUUGGCAAAUGA